GGUCUCGCGCCCCGCUGUCCCCGCUCCCCAUCUUUCUCUCUCCGUGUCGCUGAAACGGAAGAUUAACCACAAACACAACAAUGGGAGGAUUUAACGCGUAGCAGCUGCUGCUCCAUUUUAUUGCAAUUGAAAGCGUCGCGUUUGGGUUUAUUCCCCGUGAAAAUGGCGACGGGGGCAGGCUGGCAGCCUCCGUACAACACCUCGACUAGCAACACCAAAUAUACCCCCUCUCCAACGUCCAGCAUGUUUUACGACGGGAGUUUGACGCUGGAAUACACUCAAGACCUGCAUUUGAAGAUGAGCAAGAAGAUAGCACAACUGACCAAGGUAAUUUAUGCUCUCAACACCAAGAACGACGAGCACGAGGAGGAAAUCGAGUCUCUGAAAGAAGCCCACGAGGAUGAGGUCCAACACAUCGUGACUGAAACCAGGGACAAGAUCAUGCAGUACAAGAGCAAGAUGGCAGACGAGGCGGACCUGAGGCGGCGGCUGGCCAGUCUGGAAGAAUCUGUCGAACUCCACGAACACAUGAAGAGACAGGCUUUAGCAGAGUUUGAGAUGUACAGACAGAGAAUGGAGGAUUCGCAGCUCUGCACAGAGGCCCAGCACACACAGAGAGUGGUUUCUAUGAGCAGAGAGGUGGAGGAGAUGCGUCGGGAUUUUGAGGAGAAGCUGCGGGCGUUCAGCCAGGCUCAGGCCCAGUUUGAGGCGGAAAAACGGCGAGCGCUGGAAGAUCUGAGGACCACCCACCGCCAGGAGGUGGAGGAACUCCUCAACAACCAGCAGAACCAGAGCGCCUCCUCCACCGAAGACCAGGAGAAACUGGCUGAGCUGCAUAGACAAGAGGUGGAGGCAUUGAUGGAGAGGGUGGAGGAGAUAACGAAGGACAAGGUCCGUCUGGUGGAGGAGUACGAGGCCAAGCUGGCAAAGGCUCAGGAGUAUUAUGAGAGAGAGCUGGAGGCCAUGAGGAGAACGCACCAGCUCACCACUGAGAACCUGCUGGCCUGGAAAAGGACCGAGGUUGAGCUUCGUAAGGAGUUCCAGGCUCAGGAAGCUGCGCUGCAACGCUCUCUGUCCAAGCUGCGGAGUGAGCUUCAGAAAGCACAGGAGGAGGCCAGAGAGAACCGAGACAGGACCAACAGACUGCAGACAUCGCUGGCCAACGCUGAGGGAACUAUCAAGAACCUGCACAAGCAGCUGGAAGAGGCCAUCCAGGACGGAGAGAUCUGGGUGAUGCAGCUGAAGGACACUGAGUAUGAACUAGAGGGCAGCAGGGAACGAGUUCAACAGCAGGCAACUGAAAUCCUCCACAAAGCCAGUCAGAUUGGCUCGUUGCAGGCCACCCAGAUGGCCCAUGAGGCGACCAUUAGGAACCUGGACCAGGAGCAGAACCGGCUGAAGGAGAAGAUCAGCCGGCUGGAGGAGGAGAGAGAAGCACUGCUCAACCAGAGUCAGACCUCCAAUGAACAGCACAAACAGCAAGUGCUGAAACUAGAACAGUCUCUGCGUGAGGAGCACCAGGGGUAUGAGAAGGAGCUGUGCAGGCUGAGAGCACACUCUGAGGAGGAGAUGCUUCGCUUUAAGGAGGCGCAGGUCAGAGCGCUGGAGGAGCUGGAGGAGAAGCACCAGUCCAUGAGGGAGGAGGCGCAGCAGGAGAAAGAGGAGGAGAAGCAGCUCCUCAUGGCGAAAAUGAGUCAGGAGUUUGAGAUUAAGCGUCUGUCAUUGGAGGAGCAGCGCGACCGCCUUCAGCAGCAGCUCGACAACUUGAAAGAGGAGCUCUCAGCCAAGCUCAAUAUGGCCAAUCAGGAGGUGUCCCACCUCCAGGAGCUGGUGAGGGAGGGGGAGCAGAACAUGAGUUCAGCUCAGACACAGAUCAGCUGUCUGAGGGAAACUCAGGAGAAGCUCAAGAUAGAGCUUGACGCUACGAGAGCCCGGGUCCGAGAGACUAGCAACCUGCUAACUGACCUACAGGAGGAGAUCGAGACGCAGAGACAGCAGCAUGAAGCCAGAGUGAUGUCCAUCAGAACAGAAGAGAAACAGAAGAUGGACAAGAUGGCAGACGACUUGGACCAGAAAUGGAGAGACGCACUGCGGGAGGAGGUGCGCCUGUUAAAGGAGGAGUUGACCGAGGAGUAUGAAGCGGACAAACAGGCGGCGCUGACUCAGCUCUCCCAGCAGAAAGAACUGGAGAUGAUGGCGGCAAGAGAGGGCUGGCAGAGGAAGGUGGAAGACCUGCUGGAACAGAUCUCUCUGUUGAAACAGUCCCUGGAGUUGCAGUUGUCUCAGUCCCAGGCGUCACUCCAGCAGCUGCAGUCUCAGUUCAACCAGGAGAGGGAGCUGCUGAGCCAACAGCUGAAAGAGAUGCAGAGAGAACAUCAGAGGAGAGAGCAUCGAUUACAGGAGGCUCACUGCUGUGCCCUGAGCACCAUGGAGGAGGCCAGACAACACCAGAUAAGGGCUCUGGAAGAGCGUCUGAAGCAGGAGCAGAGGGAGGAGGUCCAUGCUCUGAAGGAGGCCCACAGGAGGACAUUAGACAUCCUGAGACAGCAGUCGGACCAGGAGCUGCAGACGCUGCGAUUUGAGCUGGAAGACGAGGGGAAAGCAAAGCUGGCGUCUCUCCGUGCAGAGCUGAACCACCUCCACGCUGCCUCCAUAGAGCAUCUAAAGCAGAUCCACCUCAAAGAAAACACUAACGCCAAACGAGAGUUAGAGAAAGCGAUGGAGCACAGCCACCAGCAGGAACAAGAGCUCCUGGGUCGUAUUUCAGACCUGCAAGCGGAGCUGUGCUCUCGUAACAACCGCAUCACUGAUCUGGACCAUGAGAUCCACUCUCUGAACGAGACCAUCGACACUCUGACCAGAGAGCUGGAGAUAAAGGGUAAAGAGGUGCUGCGGGUCCGCAGUGAAGCUAACCAUCAGAUAAGGGCCCACGAACAGGACCUUUCAAAGAGACAUGAGAGGGAUCUGGGGGAGAUAAGUAUAGUCCAUCACAGAGAAACACAAAUCAUGCUGGCUGACUUCAACAAGGCCCAGGAGGUCCUCAAAGACAAGAUCACUGCGCUACAAAUACUGUUGGAGGGGACAGAGGAGAAGUUAAGAAACAGAGAAAGCCGGCCAGAGGACCUGCACGUCAUAGCAGAGCUCAGAGAGAUGGUCACCGAGAGAGAAGCUCUGGUGAAAAAGCUUGUGGACGACAAGAAGUUCUACCAGCUGGAGUUGGUCAACAGGGAGACGGGGUUCAACAAGGUCUUCAAUUCCAGUGCCAAUGUUGGAGUAAUCAACCCUCUUAUCAAGAUAAAAACAGGCAGCCAGUCAGCCCUCAGAACUGUCAGCUGUCCCACCAUGCGUCAUGAAGGACAGGAAGAGGAGGGACUGGAGGGGGAGGAGCAUCCUCCUCUUCCUCCUCCUUCUCCUCAUCCUCCACAUCAUCCCAUGCCAAGCCUUGCUCUUCCUCAUGCUCCUCAUCCUCAGGAAGCCCUGGUGCAGCAUCAGGGCCUACAAAGCUUUAGGAGCCUUCCUGAGGCCAACGCCGCGACACCAUCCGACCCGAGGGCGGCGGAAGCAGGAAAAAGCAAAGAACACGUUCUAAGAGAAGAGGAGCUGUAUGCCCAGCACUUCUCUUUCUGACCGGCAAAAAAAAAAAAAGAAAAAAAAAAGUGUCCAAAAAUGAGGCAAUGGGACAGCAAGCUAAAGUUGGACAGCAAUCAAACUGUAGGUUUUGAAAGUCAUUCGGACGACAUCAAUAUCAAACGUCCACCGCUAAAUGUAAUCACAGCGCUCCUAUCAAUCAUGUGCAGGACUGAGACUCCAGUGUGAUUGAAACCUUAGGGCUUCCAUACAUGGUGAGAAUGGUGAGUAGUGUGGCUUGUUAGUGCAUCAUCAUGAAAGUGUGCAUGGCAGCAGGAGGUGAGGUGAUAAAAACACGUUUAUACCAUUGGCAUUGUGCAAAACAUGACAUCUGUGUGAGCUUCAGAGUGGUGAGAGAUAAAUAUAAUCUUAAAGGUUUACAGGACUUCAUCACCCAUUAAUUUUAAUAAACUAAGACCCACAACUCUAGAUGUAGAAUUUAGGAGGUGUGGAGGUACUGAAGAGACUUGCAGCUCUUGUUACCUUUAAAGUCAUUCAGUCAAGAUGAGGGCUGCAUUAAUAGUUAUAACAAAAGACAGCAGAAAUAUUUUAGUAUUAAAGGAUAAUUCUGGUGUAUUACAACUUGGCUGCUACUGGGAAUCCUCCCUGGAAACGAGACGUAAGCGAGGUGUGUAAACAACUCAGCGGUCUGUCAGCAGCAGAAUGGACAGCAGCUGCCUUCACCAGGGUAUUUGACAGCAGACAAAAACAAAAUAGUUUUCAUGUCAGCGCCAUGGGAAGAAAUCAACCGUGUUUAUAGGUAUUGAUUCAAUAAUUUUAUUUCCCCGCUGUCCACUGCAGGGUCACUUUUAACUGAGUCACUUUUAAUACAGUGGUUUUAUAUAAUCUGGCUGAAUUCUUGGAUUGUGUUGACAAUUUUGUGUAUAAAACGUCUCGUCAUAAGUCAGAGAAAUAAUGGCCACAACCUCUAAAAUAAUAUCCAAGUUGUAGGAAAGCUGAAUUAUCCUUUAAAACUGAAGUGCGGGACUUUGACAUCUAAAUUAACGUCUGUUACAUUCAAGCCCCCACCACCAGGGAAAGCUCUCUGUACUGAGCUGAGCUGAUAUAUAUAUACAAGAUUUAAAAAAAAAGGAACUUUGCAUUCAGAGGAUUAAAGUCGGAAAAAGUCUUGCAGAGAGCGCUCCUGGUGGUGGGUGAGAUGCGGUGAGCUCACCUGCAGAAAUACGUCAUAAGCAUGCGUCAAUAGUGUUUGUGUAAUUACUCUCACUGCCAGAGGGGGAGACAACAGUUCUGCCCUCAGAUUUCGCAGCCUUCUGUCAGUAGCAUGAAACUCUCAGAAACAUUUUCUCACCUCUUUGAAAUAAUGUCCCCUUUCCUCUCUGCGGCUGAAACCACAGCCGGACUCUUCAGCUCAUACAAAGAUGUCACAAACAGUGUUGCAGUGAGUACAAGGUGUGGCGCUACUAACAUACUUUAGAUUAAGAGGAAGCGUUCUCAGCACAUAUAAGAUGAGUUUGUCUCUUUUUUGUACUUUAACAUGUGUCUUACAAGCUGUAAUCAGACUGGAAGUGCUUUGAAAAUUCAGCCAGGAUAAAGUGAUUUUUUUGCCUUGAUACUCGCCUUUAGUUGUUCAUGCUGUGUCCCCAUGUGUAAAUACACACACUCAAAUGUGUGCUGAGGAAACAGAACGGACCUAGCUGUUGAUUCUGGUUGUUUUUUUGGCCUCUACAGUAGGAUGAGCUACAGUAUACCACAAUAACGACACCAGCAAAAAAAAAUAAAAAAAUAGGAAAAAAGACUAAGUUUAGCUUGCUGUCCCAGAGCUUUGACUGUGUACAUACAGUAUAUGUUGUUUGAAAGUCAUUUUCAAAUCUCCGAGCUAGCUGAGGGGCGCUUGAUUUACCAUUCCAGACACCUCAGAAGUCUCAGGAGGGGAAACACCACGAGGAAGUGAAUCAAGCACCCCUCAUAUUUUUAUUAUUCCAGUAUUUAUAAUGUAACAAGCUACUGUUUUUCUACGGUCUGUUUGUGAUGCCAGUGGAGUCGGAGACAUACAGAGGGAGAGUUCUGUCAGCGACAUGCAGAAGUUGAUUGACUCCUUGCAACUUUUUUCUUAAUGCCAAGGAGUGUUUAGUUAAAUGCUUUAUUUUCAUUACGAGCUCGGAGUUCAUGUCGGUGACGGAAGUCUUUGGCUACAUGUCUCUGCCUGUGGGGCAGGCCAUAGAGCAUGUGAAAACAGAAACACUAUCAUAAUGCUGCUGUCACUCACUUGAAUUCCUCAUAUCUCCGUUUUUUGGUGUACUGUCUGUUUUUUAACUUGACUUGAAAGUUUACAUAGUUCUCGUGCUGCAUAAUUUUCAUGACCUGAAGGUCCACGAAGUCCAUUCAGUAACCUGUACAGUUUCCAAACUGCAUGGUCAUCAUCAGCCCGUAAGAGGCUGUGUUUCUUACUUCUUGAUACGUGGAUAGAGAGACGUGAGGUUUGAGAGUUUACUUCCUCUCACACUGACACCCGCGGGGUCCAUUCAACAGCAACACAAACAGUUCAGUUACAUCACAGCAUUGAUCGAUGCUCGUCUUCCAUAACAGAAUCAACCAAGGCCUCAGUGGUUCAGGAAGUGUUUGUGCUGUCAUUGUUUGUAUGUAUGGAUCACACACAAUAUCAGACGCACCUAAAUAAUACAAUCCAAUAAAAUCCCACUACAUAGAAUUGAAUCUCUGAUAAAGUCUCAACACAUAUUAAACCCUUGGACAGCUUUGGACUGUUACGUUUUUUCCAUUCAGCCCCUGUACAUAGAUAGAUCGCAAAAACACCUUUGAAGAAGUAUUCAAACUAAAAAUACCCACUUGCUUACUUUACAUGUAGCAGUGUAUGUAAUGUAAACACUUGCAGUAGUGCCCCUGGACCAGACGACCAUAUAAAGAAAUCUGUCACUAGCUGACAUCGGCUUGUCUCAAAAGGUAGAAAAAACAGAUCAUUCAUAGCAUUAUAUAAAUGACAGAAAAUAAAAGAAAGCAUAACAGGUCCCCUUUAAACCAUCAGUGCCACAUUUUGGAAUUGCCCUCUUACCCAGAGCCACAUGAUAUAUAUUAUAUACCAAUCUUCUCAUCAGACUGGGGGUAACGCAACAUUCCAUCAUAUUUCUCCAGAUGAACUUAUUAAGUUUAAUUUAAGUUUUGUCAAAGUAAAAGAAAUGAAACACUUCCUGAAACCGAGUUGAGACAGAACCUCCAGCAGACAUAUCAGAUGAAAAAAUCUAUUAGUUAAUACCUUUGUAGAGUCUGAUCUACACUGAACUUCUAUCAUGGCAUCCUAAUAUCUGACUGUCCCCUCAUGACAGAAUGCAGCAUAAUGACAUUGAAGCUUUAGUUAGGCUAAAUGUCAUCAAAGCUGCUACAGCAUAUUAAACUGUUUAAUUGUAAAUACAGACCUGUGACAAAUACAGAUGACGGUAUCGUCUCUGGGAUCGUAGUCCCGACGCUGAACCACAGUUGGUUCAUUCCUCCAUGCUCACUGUGAAGAUUAGAUUUAUUCAAAUUACUGUGUUAAUAUAUUGACAUUUAUGCUCAGACAUCUGCAUCAGACGAUGCAGAAGUCUUUAGGUUCUUCUUAGUUUUUUCUUAUUAAUACAAUUUCUCACAAUCACCUCCAAUUUUACUGCUACUCCUUUUAUUUCCCUGUUGGUAAUUUCACAUAUUUGUAUUCUAAAAACUAAAUCAAGAAGCACAUUGUGGGGGACUUUGCUGUCUAACAAUGAGAGAGUGUUGAAUGUGUUUUACCUUCCAGGCAACCGGCUGCAAAAAAUGGUGCCUAUUCAUUCCAAUGGAGUUGCUCGUCUGGGGUAUACACCAAAAAAGUUUCUGGCUUUACUACUAGCUUUACUUACACAGUAUGCAGCCCACUGAUUAUGCUUUACAUUGUGUCAAAAAUGUUCCCCCAUAACUCACUGAGACACAAAAACAUUGGAAAAUAGGGUGCAGGUUAAAAAAUACCAGACUUACCCUUUAACUUUGAAAACAAUUAAAGCAGACGAGUUAUUUCCUGUGAUGAUUGCCAACCUCAAGAAACUUUAACGUCUCUGUUAAUCAGUUCGCAGGAUUGUAAAACACACUCAUUCUUGAGCUUGGAAACAGCAGGUGACAGAACAAUCUCACCACAAGGUCCAUUGAGUGGCUGUUCUGGAGCUUUUCAUUCUAUCACAUGAUCUUCAUCAGCGGAAGGACUUUGCCCUGUUGCUGUUGAAUCCCAGGUGCUUAAAUUUACACACAUUCCUAGCACUUGACUGCUAAGUUAAAAGUGACAACCCCUGUGAUUAGAAAGCUCCAGAACAGCUACUAAAUGGGACUUGAAGUGAGAUUGUUUAUUAUGAAUGAAUAAAUGUGUGAAAUACAUAAAUAAAUAACAAAAAUGAUUUUUUUUUUUUAUCUGUUUAGGUUUAUGUUUUUACGCAAUUGUUCCCAUUCACAUGUUUUUUCUUUCUGCACUACUUGGUUUGUAAUGUAUGUAUUUGCUCAGACACUAUUGGUUGAUUUUGAUGCAUUUGUUUAUCUGUCCCACACCUGACUGGACUGUUGUUUUAAAGGACAUAAAGACAUUUCUUGGAGCCUCUUGUGGUCAUUAGCAGAACUGCAGGCAUUGCCAUCACAUGACCUUUGUCCAUCAUUACCCCAAGGUUCAUUAAAGUCUUUUUGAAAUGUUGUAAUCUUUCAAAAUGAACUGUUUCUCAACACCUGGCAGAGGAAACUUCUGAAGAUUUUUUUUUAUUAUUAUUUUUAACACUGGCAUCAGCCAACCAUUAGUGAACCAUAGAAACUGCAACUUAUUAAAACAUGAAUUGUCUGUUUAGUUUUUUUUUAUGUGAUGAUAUACUGAUCAGGGCUUUGUUCAUUUCACUUUCAACUCAGUGUUUCCAAAAUUGCAAAAAAUCUGGAAGAGAAGAUUGUGACAUCUUUACACUUCAAGAAAUAAACUGAAAUAGUAAAUGUGUUGCAGUUUGUAUUUGAGUUGGAAGUGAUUUGAUGUCACCCUUGUGACUUAUCAUUUGAUGAUGUCUGUCUUGCCAUUUUUGAAGUAAAAAAUAUAUAACAAUUAUAGCAACAAUAUUUAUUUAUAUUUAUAUCAUUUCUGUU